AUGAAGGCACUGAUUUUGGUGGGCGGUUAUGGGACGCGUCUGCGGCCGCUGACGCUAAGCAUCCCGAAGCCGCUGGUGGACUUCUGCAAUAAGCCUAUCUUGCUGCAUCAAGUGGAAGCCCUGGCCGCGGCCGGCGUGGACCACGUGAUUCUGGCCGUGAGUUAUAUGUCUCAGGUGUUGGAGAAGGAAAUGAAAGCGCAGGAGCAGAAGCUAGGAAUCCGAAUCUCCAUGUCCCACGAAGAGGAGCCUCUGGGGACAGCUGGGCCCCUGGCCCUGGCCCGAGACUUGCUCUGUGAGACUGCAGACCCUUUUUUCGUCCUGAACAGUGACGUGAUCUGUGAUUUCCCCUUCGAAGCCAUGGUGCAGUUCCACCGGCACCACGGUCAGGAGGGUUCCAUUCUGGUGACCAAAGUGGAGGAACCCUCUAAGUACGGUGUGGUGGUGUGUGAGGCAGACACAGGCCGCAUUCACCGGUUCGUGGAGAAGCCGCAGGUGUUUGUGUCCAACAAGAUCAACGCAGGCAUGUACAUCCUGAGCCCUUCAGUGCUACGGCGCAUCCAGCUGCGGCCCACAUCCAUUGAGAAGGAGAUCUUCCCUGUCAUGGCCAAGGAAGGGCAACUCUAUGCCAUGGAGUUGCAGGGCUUCUGGAUGGACAUCGGGCAGCCCAAGGAUUUCCUCACUGGCAUGUGCCUCUUCCUACAGUCACUGCGACAGAAGCAUCCUGAGCAGCUGUGCUCAGGCCCUGGCAUUGUGGGCAACGUGCUGGUGGACCCAAGUGCCCGUAUCGGUGAGAACUGCAGCAUUGGCCCCAACGUGAGUCUGGGUCCCGGUGUGGUGGUGGAGGAUGGUGUGUGCAUUCGGCGGUGCACCGUGCUGCGAGACGCCCAUAUCCGCUCCCACUCCUGGCUGGAGUCCUGUAUCGUGGGCUGGCGCUGCCGUGUGGGCCAGUGGGUGCGCAUGGAGAACGUGACCGUGUUGGGUGAGGAUGUCAUAGUGAACGACGAGCUCUACCUCAACGGGGCCAGCGUGCUGCCCCACAAGUCUAUUGGUGAGUCGGUGCCGGAGCCCCGCAUCAUCAUGUGA